AUGCACGCUGAGGCGUGGCUAGCGCUGCACCUGCCGCAGCUGACACACUAUAAUGCGCCACAUCAUCUCCACAAGCAGAUAUACGAUUGCAUCCAUGAAAAUGAGGGCGAUUGGAGCGAUCUGGACGCUGUGGCGACGACCAAAGCAGCGUCGGAGACUACCAAUCGUCGCAAACUGCGCGUAGAGGCUUCGAUGCCGCUCCCAGCUGCAGAAAAAGUGCUGCGAGUGGCUCACGACAAGAUGAUACAACUGGCUGAGGAUGCGAUUUUGGAGGAUAAAGAAGCGAUAGAGUCUGAAGAGGAGAGCGAAAAAGAGCAAGAAGUGGAGCGCAUCGUAAGGCAACUGCAUUUACUGGCAUUCUCCAUUCGCUUUGGAGCCAAAUCGGACGAAAUGGCGUACUACGUGCUGAAUACUCUGGGCUCAAGUCUUCGUGAAAAUGACGACGAGAGAAAUCUCCAAGUGAUGCCGAUCUUCUGUAUGGAGCAACAGAAACUUUUCUCUGUUGCAUGGACGACAAGAGAUGUUCCUUCCGGAGUGGAACUGGUGCGUCCAUUGGCGGAAAUGGCACUAGAUGGCUACACAGAUAUCGUCGCUGUGGACUACGCCGCGAAUGUGAUUGAGAAGAUGCAAACUCGCAGUAAGGAGAACAACUGGGGUGUCCGCUUUCUAGAAGCAGACCUUACUCAGAUGAAAGGCUGGGAGUCCAACUCGGUGGACUGUGUGGUCGACAAAGGCUGUCUGGAUGCGAUGCUACUGCAGCCUGAGACGGACGCUGUUGACACGAACUGGAAGCUGGUGGCUCCAGAGUCUCCAGAUGACCUCAGUGAUGUCAAGAACAGUAUGCAACAACUGGCACGGGUCUUAAGACCCGACGGUUUGCUCUUCUUCCUGACGUUCGGUAGUCCUAGUAACCGCGUCAAUAUGUUUGACUGGACUUCCGAUACUGAAGAAUGUAUGGAAUGGGACAUCCUGCAAUGUCUGGAGAUGAGUCCCACGAGGUCUCAGCACACAUUCGUCACUCGUUUCUAUCUGUUCGUAGUACGGAAGAAACUCAUUUAA